AUGACCGCUUUAUCGGUUUCCCCGACAGAGACAGACAGUGUCCCUGUCAAGUACGAUGAGAAGACCCCCCAUGUCCACUCUACGAACGGUGACGCAGCUCUCCAGCUGCUGGCCGAAGCCGGUCCCCUCGGCGAUAUCGAUCCACAGGCAUCUGGACGACUGGUGCGCAAGAUCGAUCUGUAUAUCAUGCCUCUGAUCUGCAUCGUCUACUUCCUACAAUAUCUCGACAAAAUCGCAAUCAGUUAUGCCAGCGUCACCGGAUUGCGCGAGUCAGCAAACCUCCAGGGUAACCAGUUCAACUGGGUAUCCAGUGUUUUCUUCUUCGGUCAGCUAGCCUUUGCUUUCCCUACCAUGCGUCUCGUGCAAGCAUUCCCCCUCGCGCGAUACGUCGCCGUCAACGUCACCGUCUGGGGCGCCAUCCUGUCGUGCAUGGCUGCGGCUGAUUCAUACGCUGGCCUGAUCGUCUGCCGGUUCCUUCUCGGUGCCGCAGAAGCUGCCGUCAUUCCUGCCUGGGUGAUCUUCACUUCACAAUGGUACCGCAAGGAGGAACAGGCCUUCCGCGUCGGUCUGUGGUUCUCCAUGUGUGGAUGGGCGCAGAUGCUCGGAGGCUACGUCGCAUACGGCGUUGCAACCCACGUUGGCCAGGAUCCUAACUCGCCCCUGCGCGGUUGGCAGGUCAUUUUCCUGAUCCUGGGUCUGUUUACCGUGGUCAUCGGUGUGCUUUUCUUCUUCAUCCUGCCCGAUUCCCCCGUCACUGCAGGCUUUUUGUCGCCUCGCGAGAAGGCAAUGCACGCGGAGCGUCUUCGUAGUAAUGGCCAGGGCAUUGGAAGCAAUGUUUUCAAGAAAGAGCAGUUCUUCGAAGCUCUCCGAGACCCGCAUACCUGGCUCUACGCUUUCUGGGUCAUGGCGGCUAAUGUGCCCAACUCCAUUGCUACGAGUUUCGGAAAUACCAUGGUUACCGGAAUGGGAUACUCGGCAACGCAGAGUCUCCUGCUCGUGACUCCCAUGGGAGCUUACGAGGUGGUGGCAUUGGUUGGUCUGACCUAUCUGGCUAUGAAGACUCAGAAGCGACUCUUCUGGUGCAUCGUUGGCCACAUCCUGGCCAUUGUCGGUGCGAUCCUCAUGGCGACAACCGAAAAGGCACCCGCUCUUGUGGGAUACUACCUCUCCGGAGGUAUUCCUAUCGGAUGGACGACCAUUCUCGGACUCACCAGUACUAAUGUGGCUGGGUCAACCAAGAAGGUCACCGUCUCUUGCAUCCAGACAAUCGCCUACACCGUCGGCAACAUCAUCUCACCCCAGACUUUCCAAGCCAGAGAUGCCCCGAAUUACCUGCCUGCCAAGAUCUCCAUCGUCAUUCUCUAUUUCCUCGUCACAGUGGAUCUGGGCCUUAUCUGGUGGGUCGCCGUCCGGGAGAAUCGCCGACGCGAUCAAGAGAAGGAGGCAUUGGGUGAUGCCUAUGUCGUUGCUGAGAACCAAGAGUUCCAGGACUUGACAGACCGCCAAAACCCGGAUUUCCGUUACGCGAUAUGA